AUGAAGAAGUUUGGCUUUGGAAAGAAAGGCGACGAUGGCGACGACUCCAACCGCCAUGCCCUAUUCGGUCGCAAGAAGUCAUCUCAGUCCUCUUCCUCCGAGAACCCCUACGCCAAACAAGGCGGCAAGGAUCCCUACGCCGACGAUGCGAAGUACGCCAACGUAACUCCUUAUCAGCAAGCACGCGCUGGUUUGAACAACGGCUCUUCCCCAGCUCCUCAGGCCCCUAACUCUUAUGGUGCUCCUCCUCCCGCCCAGGGACAGCCCCCAAGUGGUUACGGUGCUGAUCGAUACGGAUCCGGAGGCGGUUAUGGUGGAAACCGAUAUGGUGACGCUCCUUCUCAGAACCAAUACAACAGCCCUGCUCCGCCUGCUGGUGCAAGAGGCCCAGGUGGCUAUGGUGGUUUCGGACCUAGUGAUCCAGACAGCAACCGUGACAACCUCUUCGCUGGCGCUCAGGAGCGACAGGCCCAAAAGCAGCAACCCGCCAACAACGGUCCGCAAUCAGGGGCCACUGGUGGCUCUUACGGUGGCUAUGGCGAGGAGCGCGAACUGACCGCCGAGGAGCAGGAAGAGGUUGAAUACCAAUCCAUCCUCGCAGAAAAGCGACAACUUCAACAGGAGAGUGCAUCUUCGGUCAAUCGCUCAGUUCAAAUGGCUCGCCAGGCCAACGAAGUUGGUCGUGCCACUCUCGCCCGUCUGGGAGCACAGGGAGAACGACUUAACAACACCGAAAAGCAUCUCGAUCUGGCUGCCAACCAGAACAAGAUUGCCCAGGAUCGAGCUGCCGAGCUCAAGACCCUAAAUGGCAGCAUGUUCGCUGUCCAUGUUAGUAACCCCUUUACCUCCAAGCAGCGUAAGGCCAAGGCAGACGAGGAAGUCAUGAACCGCCAUCGGUCGGAAAGAGAACAGCGGGAAGCCACUCGUCGUGACGGUUUCCAAGCCAACCAGCGCAUGGAAAGCAACUUCAGAGACAUCAAUACCACUGGCCGACCACGACAACAACCACGCAAGAAGGACUACGGAAAGUUCAACCUCGAGGAUGAAGAAGGAGCCGACGAACUUGAAGACCAAAUUGACGAUGGCAUCAACGAACUUGAAGGCCAAGUGUCCAUGAUGAACAUGGUAGGCCGAGCCAUUGGAAAGGAGGUUGACACGCAGAAUAAGCAGAUCGAUCGUAUUAUGAGCGACACUGUUGAUGAUGCUACGAGAAUGAACCGCGAACGCUUGGCACGUAUCAAGUAA